AAAAAAAAGCUAUAGAAGCAAAAUAUUGUGAAAAACUAUUAGAACCUAAUAAAAAUGCCAUUGCAAAUUAUAUAGGACAAACUGAUUUUCCAGAUUAUUUUAAAAUAUCAGGUCCAUUUCACCUUGUUGAUGAAAAUAACUUAACUUUAAUUAGAAUAUUUAAUCUUGAAAUUACAAAUUACAGCUUUUAG